UUAUUCGUUUAUUUAGAGCAAUUUUUACUCUUUGAUAUAUUUCAGAUUUUACGUGGAAUUAUGAGAUUGGAAUUGGAAGAAGAAACAAUACAAGCGUAAAAACAGUCCAUUGUUUUAAAAUCAGACAUCGAAAGUGCCGAUUCGAUGGCUUCUACUUCAAUUAGGCGAGAGAAAUAUACUGCGAAGAAGUACUCAAUGAGUAUUUCUAAUAAAUUACGAAGGAUCCAAAAUGCAAGAUCAUUAAUGGAACAAAAAUAUUGUUUUAUAAAGAAGCGUAUAGAUGAACUUUUAAACGUUAUCAGAAUGGAAAUCUUAAACGAAUUAGAGGAAAUUGUAAAAUUAAAAUUUAAUUCCUUAGAAAAGAUAGAGAAGAGGAUAAAAGAAACCAGCAAACUUCUGUCGGAUAAUUUCAGAAAUAUUCCACAAUCCGAACACAUCAAUACCAUUCCUCGAAUCGAAGACAUUGAAGAGCAAAUUCUAUCUCAUCUCUUUUUGGUCUUCGUACCAGACGUAUCCAAUGCUAAAUAUUCUAUAGGUUAUAUUAAAUGUUCUCCAAUCAAACCGGAAGAUUUAUGCCUGGAAAUUAACAAGAAAAUUAAAUUUAAAUACGGAACAGAGUUAGAAGUCAAGGUUAAGAGUUGCAAACCGUGGUACUUCAUGACCUUGCGAUCGUUAUCGGGAUUGGCAGAUAAUGGAAAUGGUGAAAAGAUAUUGCCCGAAAUUAUGGACAAGGAAGAUGGUUCUUUUAAAUUUCUCUUUCGUUUAAAUGACGGUUUCAAGUAUCGUAUUGAAAUAACACUGUACGAUCGCCCUAUCAAAAAUAGUCCCGUUGUAGUCGAAAUUGAGCCAAACCAGCAAAAUGACAGAUGCAAGAAAUCGAUGCCCAAAACCUCUUCAACUAAAAUCAAAAAGAAUUCUUCAGUAGAAAGCAAAACGUGGUCAGAUUUUCAAAAUUAUUCAAGUGAAAGAAAAUUUCUCAUGGAUAAUUUGUCCUCGGAAAUGUUCGGAAAAUAUCCUCAAAUUGAUACGAAAAUGUCUACAAAUAAUUCAUCCACAAUUUAUUACAAUAGCAAAAUACACAGUGAAGCUGAUAAGUUUGUGGAAAGGAUCAAGAUGGCGGCGUUACCGAUUAAUGAAAGUGAAAAUAUCGAAAUUAACAAUGCUUCCUUCUGGAAAUGAAUUUGUUGAUACUAAUUAAUUUUUAUUUAAAAAAAAACAAAACUGUUUCUGUGAAUAAUUUUAUAACGCGAAUCAAAAUUUUUAAACUAUUUAAAUUUAUUUUUAAGUCCAUUUAGGAAAAGAUUAGUUAAAAUACAUAAAAUGGAGAAUGGCAAGCUGUUUUCUGAAUAACUACAAAAAAAGUCCUCUUUUUCCCGGACACGUCCUACAUUUCAACUUUAUUAUUUAUCUUGAAUCAAUCAAUAUCCGUGGAUAAAUCUAAAUGUACGUGUCGCCAUCUAUUAU